AGUCAACAAAACAAGAAAACCCCUUUCUUCUUUCGAAUACAUACAAAGCACAAACCUUCACAGCUGAUUCAUCAAUCAAUCUCUCCGACCACCACCACCGCCGUACACCGGCGAUGGAGUUUUCCCCUCUGAAUCGUCUACCUCAAGAUACCCUUCAUCAGAUCUUUUCCCAUUUAACCCUCCGUGAAAUCAUCGUUUCAAAAUGUGUCUGCAAAUGUCUCAACGCUACUCUCUCUUCUCCGGCGUUCCUCCACCUUAUCUCCACCCAACAACCACCUCUCUCACUCCUUGCCCUCCGACCAUCUCACCGUACCCACACUCAUACACACAACAAUUCAUCUUCUCAUUGUGCACUCCAUGUGUUCGACACCAUGCUUAACUACUGGUUCCGAUUCCCUCUUUCUUUCCUUCCUUUUAGAUCUCACUACCCCAUCACUUCCUCUCAUGGUCUUCUCUAUCUCUGGGCUGAAGGACCCACUUCCGUUUCACCUCCUGGUAACAAUAGCAAAACCCUAAUCGUGUGUAACCCUUUAACUCGUCAAUUCAAGCUGCUUCCUCAAUUGGGUUCAGCUUGGUGCAAACAUGGGUCGGUUCUUGUGGGUUCACCUAAUCAAGUUCUAGUCUUGACUGAGCUAGCUGCUAUUUACUUCUCUGGGUCGACAACUUCCAAUAAUUGGCUGAAAUUCUCAUCAAAUUUACCAUCAAAGCCUAGGAGUCCAAUCUUGAUUUCUGAUACGAUUUUAGCCCUUUGUGAUGUUGGAUCCCCGUGGAGGUCUCAAUGGAAGCUGUUUAGGUCAACAGUUAAGGAUUUGCAGUUUAGUCAACAAUGGACUAGAUUAGAAAAGCAUGAAUGGGGUGAUAUUUUUGAUAUAAUGAAACGACCCAGAUUGCUUGCUGGUAAAAAUGAUAAGGUGUUGAUGAUUGGUGGUUUGAAGUCGUCCUAUUCGUUGCAUAGCACGUGCUCGACAAUUUUGAUACUUAGAUUGGAUAUGGAGUCUUUGGAAUGGGAAGAAGCUGGGCGAAUGCCGCCUGAGAUGUUUAGGUAUUUUCAAGAUUCUAGUAAGUUUAAGGUGUUUGGCGGAGGGAGUAGAGUUUGUUUUUCGGGUAAGAGGGUGGGAAGAUUGGCGCUUUGGGAAGAAAAUGAGUGUGGGAAAGGGGAAUGGCGGUGGAUCAGUGGCGUCCCUGGGAAUAGUGAUGGACUUUAUCGUGGAUUUGUGUUUGAGGCUCGGCUAAAUGCGGUGCCUUAGAAGUGGAGUUGGGAGGAAGACCAUUUGCUUCAAUGGUAACUUUUAUGAUUUGGGAAUUCUAACUUCUCGUAAUGUUGAAACUGAAUGUUGGUUUUAUAUUGAUUGCCGUGCUAAAACAGGAUGGAGGCAUUGGUCCUUCAGAAAGGAUAAUGUUUUUGUACUACUUGAUGGUUAUUUAUUGAAGUAAAUCUGAACGGCAAUUCAAUUUUCGAACAAAGUGGUUGGUUUGUUUGUUGUAUGAUGUCUGAUUUUCGUGUAUGCAAGGAUUCCUAUUUCAUAUAUUCGAAAUGUAUUUGAUUUAUGAGUUUUGUGGUUCCA